GGAUCGUGCUUUGACAAUUUGUACAGAGCAUUAACACCUGAAGCUAGGAAGAGUGUUAAUCUUUUGAAGAUGAAAAUCUCAAAAAAAGAUCACAUAGAACCCUCUCUGUCUCAAAAUGUUAUGUUAUCAAUCCAGCUUAUUGGCAUGGACCGGAAACUGGUGCGGAUGUUGGGGUCCACACCAGGGCGCAUUAACAUGCUUGUUAAUAGAAACUCGGGCCCACUGGAAUGGGCGAACCUGGUGGCAGAAAAAAUCAACAUAAAAACUGUUCAACCAGAGGAAUUGAAAUUUCUCCUUAACAAAACUGAACAUGAGUUUGUGUUUUCAUUGGAUGAAGUUAAGAAAAGGGCAACCUCCAGACACAGGAAAGAGCUGGAAGUUUUCUGCCUUCUACCUAAAAAUUGACUCUGACAAGGGAACAGCAAAACUCAAAUGUGCCACAGUAUCAAAGGUCAACGUGGAUCAUGAAAGCAAGAAACAAAAAUGUGAAACUGUGUCUAAGACGGAAACAUGCGUGUAUAUAGAGGAGGAUGAAGAGGAGGAUGAAACAAGAGCAAGCCCUCAGAAGGUAAUACCAGCCAGUGCUUGGCCAGUAUUCUCGAAGUCUGUGUCCAUGGCUACCACUGCACGUCCUGACAGUGCAACCCCUGGGGCAACAUGCUCCCACACCAUGGAAACCAGUGGGCCUAGCAUUGAAACAUUGAAGAAACCAGAGAUUGCCACUGGCAUAGCUGAGUGCACUGGCCCGGAACAUCUGUCACAGAGUCCUGCUCAGCUGAUUCAGGUUCGCAAGGAGUAA